CUUCACCACCCUACUGUCUGUGUCCAUAGAACGAAGCUGAAUCAUGUUCAAGCUAAUGACAUCCUGCGGGCCUCAAGUAAAUACUAAUGGGACACGAAGGAAUAUGACCAUCAUCAUCAUCGGUCUGGAGAAUGCAGGCAAAACUGUUUUUGUGGAGGCCUUCCGCAGACUACUUCCUAGCAAGAUAGACCAUUGUAUGAACUCUAAACUGACUACAGUUCUGCUAGAUGAAUAUGAAAUUUCUGUCUAUGACCUGAAUGGAGAUAUGAAGGGACGAAAAAUCUGGCCCAACUACUAUGCACAAGCACACGGGAUUGUUUUUGUCCUGGAUUCCAGCGACUUAGGACGCAUGCAGGAAGUGAAGACCACUUUAUCACAUCUUCUGUCUGAUGCAAGAGUGGCAGGAAAACCCAUCCUACUAUUGGCAAAUAAACAAGACAAGAAGAAUGCCCUCUUACCUUGUGAUAUUAUUAAAUAUCUAUUCCUGGAAAAGAUAAUGAAUGACAACAAGAUCAUGUGCCUAUUGGAACCCUGUUCAGCUAUCCAAAACCUCCAAAGAAGUAACCAUGAGCCCCUACUUGAAGGGCUGCGCUGGCUGGUAACUGCCAUUCAGAAUAAACAGGAAAAGCUGUGUGCUCACCAACAGUCACUCACUUCAAGUAUCCCAACCUACAAGGACACCACAGGCUUCAAGGUUGAAUGUGCAUCAAUCAGCUUACCUACCAACGUAGAAAUGACGGAAGAAAAAGAAGAGCCUCUAGGACAACAUUCAAUGGAAACUAGGCCUCUAAAGCCAAUCCUAAAGAAAGAAGGCUUAAGAUUAAAACCUAAAAAGAAUGUAUCAGUGACAUUUGCCUUAGAUGAACCCAUGGAGGAAGGUGAAUGUUCUAAGGUAAAUGGAGCUCAAAACACUACUGAGCUUCACUACAACUAU